AUGGGUCUUAAGACACAUGUGGCUGUUAUUUCUUUUGAUCACAAGGUGGAUGUCUUUCUAAAAGGAAAACAAGUCACUCAAGCAACUGGAACGUAUCCGUACCGUGCUUAUCUCGAGACACUGUUGAACUAUGGCCCAUCAGCAAAACAAUCGCAACUCACCGCUUCGCUUUUUUACAAGGAUACAGCUGGAAAGAUGGAUGUUGCAAACCCCACCGCGACUGCUGCAAAUGCCAACCUUAGUCUUAAAGCAAAAUAUGAAUUUAGCAAGACAAGUGGUAUCAUAGAAAUGGCUGGUCCUAUUUUCUGCGACGUGUUCUUUUCUGAACGUUUGUUACUCAGUUAUGUAGAUCUGAAAGUUGUUAUGAAUCGCGCCAGUAAUGAGUUUUGUUUGAUGGCUUCAGAAGUUGAUGCUGAUUAUAGAGUAAAGUUGAUUGACGCGAACUUAAAACUACGUAAAGUGAAAGUAAACCCGAGUGUUUCGUUGGCACAUGAAGUUGCGUUGAAGAAAGGCCCUGCGAUGUAUCCUAUUCGACGCGUUGAGUGCAAGAGUUUUAUCAUCUCAGCUGGAAACCCAUCAUUGCGGAAAGAUAAUGUCUUUAAUGGUUUGGUACCUAAAUCGGUUAUACUGGGAUUAGUCGAGAGUGCUGCAUUCAACGGUGGACUUAAAACGAACCCUUUCAACUUUCAACAUUUCAACAUGUCAUCUCUAAGUGUUUCAGUUAAUGGUGAACCCAUUCCUUUUAAACCCAUUCAGCUUUCCUUUGGAGCGAACCCUCAAUUCAUCGAGGCAUUUCUUACACAGUUUUCUGGUACUGGGAAAAUGUAUUACAACAUUGGUAAUGGUAUAUCAUGCACGUGA